AAAUUCGUUUUAUUUUAAAAGCCAAAUAUUAUUAAGGAAGACAAAAUCGUCGUGGCUGUGUUUGGAUCAUCCAAAACUAAUAUCCCUCCAUUUCCCAACUCACGGUGGUAGCAGCCAUGUUUAUACCUUCACAAACCACUGCAUUUCUACCGGGAUAACGUUGCUCAGCCAUGGCUACGGCGGCGCUGUUCUCCUAUAUUACCGUCAAUUCUCCCAACUUCCAUCUUACCGCUAAACGGUCCGAAUUCUCCCGCCAAUUGAAAUAUGGUGGGAAAUACUACUCCGGCUUCACUGACAUCUCCAGUUCCAGACGCAAACCGAAAUCGCUCUCCGUAGUUUGUAACAAUUCGAGUCCUUCUUCUUCUGAUAUAAGUUCUACGGCCAAGAUAAGAAGUGAAGUUCUUUCUCCCUUUCGGUCUGUUCGGAUGUUCUUCUAUGUUGCUUUUAUUGCAAGCGCUGGUCUUGGAGGUCUUAUUGCCUCUACACGACUAAUUGCUGCAUUGGCCAAUUCAUCAAGAGGUGCUGAAGUUCCUGAGAUCCUAAAAGGUCUCGGUAUAGAUCUCAGUGCAGUCUCCGUAUUUGCUUUUCUGUAUUAUAGAGAGAAUAAAGCGAAAAAUGCUCAGGUAGCAAAAUUAGCAAGAGAGGAAAAUCUCUCAAAUCUUAAGCUCCGUGUGGAUGAUAAGAAAAUUGUCCCGGUUAGUGCUUUCAGAGGAAUUGCUCGUUUGGUCAUCCUUGCUGGCCCUUCGGCUUUCAUUUCAGAAUGUUUUAAACUCAGUGCACCAUUUACUGAGGGCCUUCUAGAAAGAGGAGUGCUUGUGGUCCCUUUUGCAACAGAUGGAAUUUCUCCUAGCUUUGAAUUUGAAGAGAAUGACGAACUUGAGGAGAAAAUUUCCAGAAGAAAAAGGCUAUGGCAGCUUGCUCCUAUUUAUGCCACUGAGUGGACCAAGUGGAUAGAUGAACAGAAGAAACUAGCCGGUGUUUCUCCUGAAUCUCCAGUGUAUUUAUCUCUACGCCUGGAUGGUCGUGUGCGUGGCAGUGGUGUUGGUUGUCCUUCUUGGAAUGCUUUCGUAUUGCAAUUGCCACCAGUAAAGGGCAUUUGGUCUGGUCUUCUUGAUGGCAUGGAUGGACGAGUGCUUUAAGAAUUGAGAUCAGAUAUUGUCUUCUCUUUCUUAUUCUUUGAAUAACUAUAUUAUAUUAUGUUGACAAUGUACAUUUUUCCUCUUCAAUAUAUAAUUGCAGCAUUCACCAAAUUAUCUUUUGCUUCGUUUACUCCGUUCCUCCCUCUCUUUUUUCUUUGUUGGUGAGGUUAACUUCACGUGUAUCCAGGCCAGGAUGUUUCCGACAGUGGAAGCAGGGGAUGGGAGCCAGGGUAUGCAUGUUGCUCACCUACAUUUCUUUGCUUCCAAAACAUGAAAAUGUCUUGCCGUAGUCAGACUUUGGGGUACAUGCUACUUUGAUCUCUAUCAUCUCACAAUGGAAUGGAAACAAGAGAGAUCAAUUAAAGUGUAAGCCAAAAGACAGGAAUGGGAACGGUGAAUGGAUCCCGUGCCCUGUUACUGCAUUGAGGUAAAAACUCUUUCCUCUCUUUGAGUUCUGAACCAUGAUUUAAUUUGUGCUGUUUUAGCCAUAUAACUGUUUUCUAUACAAGGUAGCAUAUGAUUCACACUUAGUUACCAAAGAGCACAGCAAAUAUGUUAGUAUUUUGGGGGUUCUGAUCAUUCUUUAUGUCCUUAAUUAGAUAGUCUACCUUAAGGUGUAGACCCGUCAUACAGACACAAACCUCUCCAACAUGAUGUUCGCUAGAUAGUAGGAAUGGAAUCGAGUAAUGGCAACACGCUAAAUAAGAAAUGGGGGGAGAAAGUUGCCAGAAAAUUAUGAUACACAUUCACAUUCAAAGCCAGUAUAUAACUAGAGAUAAAACAUGGAAAGCACAGGGCUGGACAUAUUACAAAUAUGGAAAACCUUGAACUAAUUACUUCCACUCCUUCAUUUCACUUCU